AUGCACUCUCCCACACACCCUCUACCAGCAAGCCUCACGCCGACCGAAGCCGAUGAAUCUUCCACCUCGUCGCACCACACCGUCAGCACUGACACCGACCAACCCCCGGCCACACAGCCCUCAUCCUCAUGUGACUGCUUCGCGCACCUACGACCUGCCAACCUCGAGGCAUGUCUUGCCUUCGAUGAGGUAGCUUCAGAGAUCAAAAACGCGCCGAACGCGUUUCCCUACCACCGCAACUUCAUUUCCAUCGAGACCAUCGUGCCGCUCAGCUCGCUACAGCACCCGCCCCAUGAUGAAGAACCGCUGAGCCAAAGUCAAAGCCAAUCCGGAUUCCUCCCGCAGGCCAGCGCCACGGAAACGGAGACGGACGAUGAGACGACGGCAACUCAGGACCCCCGCCUCGUCUGGACGGGGCACUACCGCUUCUCGUUCGACGCGCCGCUGGAGCUGCCACCGCUGGGAUGGCGCGUCGGUUCUGGACGGUGGAAGAAGAGCACCAAAGCGAACGCUUCUGCCGCCUCCACCGCCGCUGCUUCGGUCCGUAACCACGGCGGCGUCGACCUGCUGCUGGCCAAGACGCGGGUGCCGGCGUCCGGACUGGCGGGGCUGCACGCACGCUUCGCGUUCGAGCGCAACGGGGCGCUCAUGCUGGUGGUGGAGAACCCGCGGCGGCCGACGGUGGUGCUGGGCGACGAGAGCUUCGACGCGGGCAGCCGGGUGCUGGCGAAGCCGCGCUGCCGCAUCGGGCUCGGCAACCUGGCGUACGUGUUCGAGUACGUGGUGCGCAGCGGCGGGCCAGAAAAGGAGCGCGCGUUCCAGCAGCGGCUGGGCCGCUUCCUGCGCGAGACGUUCAGAGGCCGCGAUGCUACGCCGCCGCGCGAGUUGCUGGCCAGCCCUGCCGAGGCGGAUCAUCCGCUGUGCGAUUGGCUGAUCAGGGGCACGGUGGGGAGGGGUGCGUUCGGGACGGUGACGGCGGCAAGGCAUAGGGUGACGGGGAGGAUCGCGGCGGCGAAGAUGGUGGUGAGGACGCAGAGGAGCGUGGGCGAAUGCAUGAAGGAGAUUGAUAUCUGCGCGAGGGUGCCGGAGCAUCCAAACGUUUCCACCCUCAUCGACACCAUUUACGAACGCGGCGAGCGCUGGUAUACCGGUCCACGCCCCGAACGCGUCUGGCUCAUCUCCUCCCCGUUCGUGCGGGACACGCUGGCCGCCUACAUCCAGUCCUCAUCUUCGACCUCCUCCUUCUCCGCCCCCCUACCCCCGCAGCUCCUCCACGUCCGCCUCACACUCUUCUAUCAGCUCCUCUCCGGCAUCGCCCACCUCCACUCCCACGGCUUCCUCCACCGCGACAUCAAGCCCGCAAACCUGGGCAUCGUAUCGAUGCCGCCUGUUGCCAGCACCUACCCGCUCUCUUCGUCCAUCGCCACCGUUGCCGUCGCUGCUGCUGCGAACAACAAUAACAGGCUACCACCGCACCAGCAGCCGCGCAUCGUCAUCCUGGACUUCGGCCACGCCAUCCACGCGCCGCGCGCGCUGCCGCGGCCCGGCGCCGUCGGCACGGUGCCCUACCUGGCGCCCGAGAUGGAGCACGCCGAGUACGGGUCGGGCGUCGACGUGUGGGCGCUCGGCGUCGUCGGGUGGCAGCUGUUCGUGCAGAAGGCGCUGCCGUGGCGGCGCGUCCCCGAGGAAGAGGCCGUGUGGAUGGGGAGGGUGGCGGCGUUGAGGGAGAAGGUCGAGGAGAUGGGUGACGACGGGGAGAAGAGCGUGUUCGGGCUCUUGCUGCGGAUGCUGGAGUGGGAUGAGGAGGAUCGGGUGGGGGCGAAGGAGGCGUUGGGGCAUGCUUGUUUCAGGAGGGUGAGGGAGGAGGUGGAGAGGGGGGAGAAGGAGGGGGCGAGGAAGAGGGUGAGGAGAGGGUCUUUAGAAACAUAG